AUGGAAAAAGCAAACGGCACCGCAGGGGUGAACUUCAUUCUUCUAGGGCUCUUCAACCACACGCCGGCCCACCGGUUCCUCUUCUCCUUGGUGCUCAUGAUCUUCCUCAGCUCCCUGCUGGGCAACGGCCUCAUGAUCCUGCUCAUCCUCCGGGACCCCGGGCUGCACACCCCCAUGUACUUCCUGCUGAGCCAGCUCUCCCUCAUGGACCUGAUGCUGGCGGCCACCACUGUGCCGAAGAUGGCAGCCAGCUACCUGCUGGGCACCAGGUCCAUCUCUCCCGCUGGCUGCGGAGCCCAGAUCUUCCUGUUUCUCACUCUGGGAGGGGGAGAGUGCUUCCUCUUAGCAGCCAUGGCCUAUGACCGCUACGUGGCCAUCUGUCACCCCCUGCGCUACGCGGUCCUCAUGAAUCAGAGGCUCUGCUUGCACAUGAGCACAGGCUCCUGGCUUCUGGGAGCCGCAGACGGGCUGAUGCAGGCCGCGGCCACCCUCAGCUUCCCUUACUGCCGCUCCCGGGAAAUCAACCACUUCUUCUGUGAGGCACCAUCUCUCGUGCGCCUUGCCUGCGCUGACACCGUGGUUUUUGAGUUCUUCAUGUAUGUGUGCUGCGUCCUGAUGCUCUUGAUCCCUCUGUCUCUCAUUUUGGCCUCCUACAGUCUCAUCCUGGCUGCUGUGUUGCUCAUGAAGUCAAACGCAGCCCGGAGGAAGGCCUUUGCCACCUGCUCCUCUCACCUGGCCGUUGUGGGGCUCUUCUUUGGCACCAUCAUGUUCACCUACAUGCGGCCCAAAUCCCACCAUUCAGUGGCCCACGACAAGGUUGUAUCUGCUUUCUACACCAUCUUCACGCCUGUGCUGAACCCUCUUAUUUACAGUGUGAGGAAUAAGGAUGUCAAGGGGGCUCUGAGAAAGUGGAUGGAGAAAUAUGUUAUGUGA